AUGGAGGACUUCGUGUUCGACCCGAGUUCAAUACCCGCUGAGAUCAAAUUGUCGGGUGAUCCGUAUAGCAGUGGGGAACACGGGAAGAUGGCGUUUUUGUUCCUCACGAGAUCGACCAUCCCGCUUGCUCCGUUAUGGGAAAGAUUCUUUAAGGGUCACGAGCACCGCUACUCCAUCUACGUGCACAGCUCCGACCCGUCCUUUCAAAUCACUGCUGAUAACACCCCCUCGCCCAUCUUCCUAGGCCGCCAAGUGCCCAGUGGCGAGGUCCUGUGGGGCGACAUCACCAUGGUGGACGCGGAGCGAAGGCUGGUGGAAAUCUCCCUGUUGGACCCGGAUAACCUCUUCUUCACCCUUGUGUCUGAGAGCUGCAUACCCCUGUGGUCCUUCCAAUAUAUCUAUAAUUACGUUGCCACCACGUCAGUCAGCUUCAUUGAAAGGUUUGACUGCCCUCUGAACAUUGGCUUUGGUCGCUACAUGGAAGCGAUGGGGCCCGAGAUAAAAAAGAAAGACUUCAAGAAGGGAUCUCAGUGGUUUGUGCUUCAACGGAGGCACGCAAUGAUGGUCAUCACAGACAGAAAAGUCUACUUCAAGUUCCAAAAACACUGCAAACCAAAGCGGGAGUUCAAGAACUGCUACUCGGACGAGCACUACCUUCAAACACUCUUCCAGAAGCUGGAUCCAGGAGGCGUGUCCAACUACACGGUGACGUUUGUGGAUUGGACGGAGCGCAAGUGGCAUCCCAAGGCCUACUCCGUGGACAACACCACCUCGCUCCUUCUCAGGCAAAUCAAGUGCGAGGAUCGGUACAUUGCAUGGCGUCCCUACUGGCAUCGCAUUCGCCAGUCGUACAAGAGUCAUCUGGUGCUGGACCCAAGCACAGGAAAACCGGUCAAG